AUUUUCAAAUAGAGCGAUAGGCCUAUUUUUUAUUAUCAAUGUAGGCUACUCAGAUUGAAGCUAGAAGCGUGGAAGCUACGAGUGUUUGGUACUCCCGUUGUGAAGGUGACCACUUGAGGUCAAUCUUUUGAACUCUUACAGGUGCCGUGAUGGCUUCUUGAUGCAUUUUGAACUGCGAUCAAUAAAAAGUUGAUUUUUUAAAUUUUACACCGAAAUGCAGUUAUUUAUUAAUUCUGAUUUGAAUCUAAUAAAUAGUUGCAUGAAUUGAAGAACUGCAUUCAUUUGAUUUACAUAAAAUAGAUGCAUGUCUGCAUGUCGGUGUAGAAGUGAUAAAAUGUUGUGUCUAAAAUUACUUCCCGCUAGUUCAAACCCCUCAAUUUCAUCAUUAUCCCUACUAUUAUUCAUACAAGAAACAGUGAUGCUUAUUUCUGUGAACAACAUCUCAGCAAAAAUGAAUAAAGACAAACUAAUUUUCCAUUUCUUAUCAUACAGCACCCAUUUUAUAUUAAAACUACGUUAAUGCAAACCACCAAAAUUGAGCAAAUAUUUAUGUUAUCUUUAAAUCCAAUAAUUUUUAAUCGAAAAACCAGACUGCACUUGAUAAACUUAUUUAAAUAUCUUUAUCGCGCAGUAAAAAGUUUGUGGAAUAUAAUGCCUAAUCAUGCAUUAGGGCCUACCAAAUUCCUUCCUCUGCAGUGGAAAUGAACUGACAAAUACCUGACCCAAUUAAUUCAGAGAUGAUUUAGUUCAUUGAUAAGUACACAUAAUAUUUUCAAGAUAACGUUGCGUUCAGAUGCAUAUGAGAUGAGGAAACAUGCGUUACGAAAGUUUCAACUGUAUAAUGACAUUUUAUUGUAGAUUGUCACGAUAGUAUGUAGAAAUAAUAAUAAUUGUGGUGUUUUCAAGCUGAAUGUGUACAGUACGCGUACAUCAAGUGUAGAUGCAGAGGCAGGUUGUUGGCCUAUUCUUGGCUCCUGUAGCCCACUGUCCUUGGCGCAGACAAACUCCUGGGAGAUUCAUUGACUGUGGCAGACAAUGGGUCAUGUUCUCCCAUCCCUGGCUGCCAACUGCAAACUUUGUCUAUAAAGCGAUCCUCCCGUCGACAACAGCACUAGUCACAACUAGCCAUGCCGGCCAUAAUCAAGACUAAUGUGCUGCUGACAAUUUUAUGCUGCUGCUGUUUGGUGAAGGUGACACGUGCAGCGCAAGACGUUCCAAAAGGAGUGAACAUUCUCAAGCACAUCAACCGAGUCAAUGAUGACGGCUCUUACACAUUCGGCUACGAAGCAGAUGACGGCAGCUUCAAGAUCGAAACAAGAGAUGUGCAAGGUAAUGUAAAGGGCAUGUUCGGUUACAUCGACGAAACAGGAGAGUUGAAAAGAGUCUCCUACACAGCCAGCAACGGCACAGGAUUCGAGCCAAUGACCACGCCUACUGCUCCCGUAUCAGAAGAUAUUGACGAAGAGGACAGGGAUGAAGCGAAUGAUAGUGAUAAUGAUGAAGACAACAGCAAUGACGACGAAGAUAAUGACAAAACAGAAGAGAAAGAUGUAUCAACUAGGAGAAGAGGUCCAGUGCUUGUAUUGCGACAACCAGCUACUUCAACCAGAGCACCUGUCAUACAGCAUAUACCGAGGAAGACUCCAAGUGAUGAAGCUGUCAAGUCUACAACUCCAGCUUAUGGAGAUUACAUUGCAGGCAGGAAACCUUCCAUGGACCUCUUUAUUAGAGCUGUUGCUACUGCAGACUCGAAUUUACACAGGGCAAGAGACAGGAUUGAUCAAAGCCAGCCUAGGACAACAGCAGCUCCAAUUAGAAGGAUCCUAGUGACGCGGAGACCAGUGUCAGAAGACCCUCACCACAGAGAGAGUGCAAACCUGAUUCGUCGCCAGCUCGGUAGUGAUCAAGCAUCCAGGGCCAUUGACUCACAUGACGUCUAUCCAGAGGAUGGCAGAUCUCGUUACAUCGCUCCACAGGCAAGACUCCAAAAUCAAGUAUUGGCCUCUCUCCUGCCACAAGCAUCUCCCGAAUAUAGAAAUCAAAUUCUAGCUCAGAAUGCGAGAGGUUUUGGCCCGAUAUCUGUUGUUGAGCCCACCUUUCGUCCUGGGUUUGAGCCUCCAGAUAUUGCACCAGAGGUCAGCACAGUACCACCCACUCCAUUUCCCCCUAGGAACAGAUACUACCCCGAGAAUCAUGCUCUACCUAUUCCAAGGAGAUUUCGCCCUCAAAACGGGUUAGAAGGAGCACGAAUUCCUCUUCCCAUUGGAGCAGACCCACAAUCAAGAUAUGACAGACCACAACUCACCACUGAGACUCCUCAAAUAAGUCCAAUUCUUCAAAGAAGGCCACUCUAUGCAGAACCCCCUUCUAAUUACAAUAGAGGAGGAGGUCAUGAUCAAGUCUCUGCAAUCCAGUCACUAAGAGAUGAGCUGAUGGAAUAUCUCCUCCAGUACCUUCAACAACGCACAGGAAGAGCAAAUGUAGGAUUUCAGGGCAGAUAUCCAGGUCCUGUCCCCCCUCUAACCCCUCCUCAAGUCCCCAAUCAGUAUUACAAUCCCGGUAACUACUAUCCUCCUUACAACCAAUACCCUGUUCCAAACCCUCAGUAUUAUAACCCAAUGAUGUACAAUCAAUACCCUGGUCAGUUUGUUCCUUUCCCUAAUCAGAAUCAACAGUAUUUCAACCCUUAUUUGGGUCAGAACCCUCAAUAUCCAGGCCCUGUUUUCCCCAAUCUGGGUCAAUACCCUCAGAUACCACCAAUUGGGCAGCCAUUUCCUGCAGGGAUAGCUCCAGGGUUUGCAGGACAAGCGCAACUCAACAACCCAAAUAUUCAACACUCAGGACAACAGAGUCAACAGUUGCAGCAGGUCAAUUCUCAGAUUCUAACUAAUCCCAGUGCUGCUCCCCAAUUGACAGAUGCAAGAACUCUCAGUCCAACUCCUUUUCUAAGGACUUUCCGUCCGACUCCUCUGCCACAACAGGAUCUCUCACAGCAGGAGCAGAUCUUCAGGACACUGGUAGCCGCCUCCACCAGAGCACCUCCCUCACCAGGAUAUGACUCAUCUCCGACCACCGAACUACCCAAACGAUCCACACAGCCAAUCAGGAAUGUUCAAAUCCUUGGAUCAGCAUCCGAGACGGUGACACAACGAGUCACAACCCAGUCAACUCCUGCACAAGUAACAAGCAUCAAGUCUUCUACAUCGAGUUGAAAAAUAUCAAAGAAUAAGUUAAUUCACAUCUAUUGAACGAACAAUCUCAAUAGAUCUGCAUUUUCAAUAACUAUUGGAAAAUUAACUCACAAAAGCAAUGUUUUUCCAAAUUCAAUUCAUGAAUGUGAAAUUAUUUAAUUGAGUCUCAAAUAGAUUUUCUACUCUCUCCACUUUUUUUAAUGAUUGCAAAUUCAGCCAUUAUUCAGAUACAAUAAACAGUUCAUUAUUUUUUUAUAUAAAUUCCAAUUCCAGUGAUUUCUCUAUAAAUUGAAAAAUGAAAAAGUUAUUAUCUAAAAUGGGGAUAAUAUUAUUAUACUUAUCUCUACAAACGAGGGAUGUUCUAGUCCAUUAUUGAUCCAUUCCUCUUGAAAUAUUUUUGUCUAAUCAAAAAAAAAAAAUUAGUUCUACCCAAUAAGCUGUUUCACUGAUAAUUGCUGAAAUGCGCAAUUUGACGUCCUUAAUAAUGGCCCAAUCAUGGAUUUUAUUGAUAUGGCUUGAACCAAGCUCAACACUGUAAAUUCAACUGUAAUAGUAACAGUUUUGAAUACGCUACUUUUAUCCUAUGAUCCAUAUCAUUCACUUUUUGAAGAAGAUGAAAUGGAGAUAAUCUUCAUCCUUAUUACAUACGAGUUAAUGAUCAAUGCAUUUCUGUAAUCACCUGCUGUAUAUACUGUCAGAUUCUUCAAGUCUCUCUCUUGGAUGAUGUAUGUUGCGCUUGCACUGAAAGCAAGUACAACCAUGCACACUAUCCACUAUUAGCCUAUUAUUGUACAUAUCAAACACAGAUGCGAUUUAUUCGAGCAAUAUCUUCUAUUGGUUUUUAUUCAAUAUACAAGUCGUGAUAAAAUCUGUUAUAUUGUGAUUUUCAAAGUAUGAAAAAUACCCCCUUAUCCUUAUUGUGAUUUUAGAAAUCAGGUAUUCAAUAUUUUUUAUUAUUUGAUGUUGAUAAAAAUGUUGUUCACUCUACCUUUGCAUGAUAAACCUCGUCUUGCAUGCUAACAUCUAUUGUUGUAUCAAUUAUAAUAUUAUUUAUGAGUUCGUCUUAUUUGAAGGUGAUUAUUUAUUUUUGUAAAGAAAUAUGAAAAUAAAUACAUUUAUAUUCAUCUUGAAGUA